GGUGACUACAAACAAGUAAAACGCCGCGUUUGAAACUGAGAAGGUCGUGAAAUUUGCCACUGUUCUCUUCUUUCAGAAUUUCUCACAUACACCAUAAAGUUAGGGUUUCACGAUUUCGGAUUUCCGUUCACCUCUUCUCUCACUUAAGAAAUUGAAAGACUACGGGACAAGUGGAAAUGACUUAUGUGGAUGAUGAUGGUUCUUCUGGCUCUGGAGAUGAUGUAAACUUAUUGGAUGGACACAAGCGUCAGGCUGGCAUGGCAUUGAAUUCUUGUGGUGGCCGGAAGAGGGGCCGGAAAGCUACUGGAGCUGCCAUAGUGGAUGCUAUGCUGGAGAUAGUGGCUGCUUCAAAGAUGAGGGCAAGUGCAAUCGCGAAGAAUGAGGAAAGAUUCUCUAUAAACAAGUGCAUCAAAGUGUUGGAUGAGAUGCAAGAUACACCAAUCAGCAUGGAUGACAUUGACCUAGAAUUGGAUGAGAUGGAACUAGUUGCUGCUGCGGCUGGAUUCUAUUACUAUAGCUGUCUGACCAAACAACCUUCACGUGGUUUAUCACCUAGGAGAUGCGAAUUUAUGACAGAAGUGCUCAAUGGGCAUGAUGACUUCUGUCAGGAAAUGUUGCGAAUGGACAAGCAUGUAUUCCAUAAGUUGUGUGAUAUUCUCCGUCAAAGAGCCCUGUUGCGUGAUACUUCUGGUGUGAUGAUAGAGGAACAGUUAGCAAUAUUUUUAAACAUCGUUGGUCAAAAUGAACGCAAUAGGGUGAUUCAAGAACGCUUUCAACACUCUGGUGAAACCAUUAGCCGGCAUUUUAAUAAUGUCUUGAAGGCUAUUAAGUCAUUGUCACGUGAAGUUUUGCAACCUCCUCAGCUCACAACGCCUCCAGAAAUUCACAAUAAUGCUAGAUUUUAUCCAUAUUUCAAGGAUUGUAUAGGAGUAAUUGAUGGUAUGAACAUUCCUGCACAUGUUCCAGCCAAAGAUCAAUCUAGAUUCCGUAAUAAGAAAGGUAUCCUGUCUCAAAAUGUGUUGGCAGCUUGCACAUUUGACCUGCAGUUUAUAUUCAUUUAUCCUGGUUGGGAAGGCUCUGUCACUGAUUCACGAGUGUUAAGGGCAGUCCUUGAUGACCCAGAUCAGAAUUUCCCUCAAAUACCCCAAGGAAAGUAUUACCUUGUUGACAAGGGAUAUUUAAAUACGGAAGGGUUUAUUGCUCCUUUCCUAGGGGUUCGAUACCAGCAUUAUGAGUUUAGAGGUGCUAAUCAAUUGCCAAGAAAUGCAAAAGAGUUGUUCAAUCACAGGCAUUGUUUUAUGAGAAGUGCUAUCCUGAGGUCAUUUGAUGUGUUGAAAACUAGAUUCCCAAUCCUUAAACUUGCUCCUCAGUAUUCCUUUCAGAUUCAGCGUGACAUCGUCAUCGCCGCAUGUGUUCUUCACAAUUUCAUCCGCCAUGAAGAAAGAAAUGACUGGAUAUUCAAUGGUGUUGGGGGGUCUCCGGUGGAGGAAAUGUCAGAUAUUGAUGAACUUCCUGAUGUGCCGAUGCUUUCUUCAAUAGAAGGACAAGUUGCACUUUCAUUGCGUGAUUCAAUUGCUGCAUCUAUGUGGGAUGACUUCUUGACUAAAUGGGAUGAGUGGUGAAUCAUGUUGUUUGGAAGGUGUCAUAGCUUGGUGACUCUGGUUUUGUUGCAAAGGCAGCAAUAUGACUUUGAUCUUCUUCCAUCCGCAUGGAACUGAGACCACCUUAAUGUGAUUUAAUUUGAUGUUAUGGUCAAUGCUCAGUAUUUGGUGAGUAACUUGAAAUUUUGUAUAGGCUGUGUAUAUCUUUGUCGAAUAAUAGUUUUAUUGAAAUGGAAUUAUGAAGGUUGCAUUGUUUAGA